UGUUGAGUGUCAGAUCCGCAUCUUCGCGAUGGCGCUGUGGUCGUUCUUGUUAUCCGCGGCUCUAAGCCUCUCCAUCGUUUCCGCCAGCGCUCGUGGGCCAAUCAUCGGUGUCUUCGCGCACCCGAUCUCCCAACACGGCGAGUACAUUGCGGCGUCCUACGUCAAGUGGGUGGAGAGCGCCGGGGGUCGCGUCGUCCCUAUCCCAUACAACGCACCCAAGCCGUAUCUGGAGCAGCUUCUACCGCAGCUCAAUGGGUUGCUGUUCCCUGGCGGCGCCGCCAUCGUCAAUGACCGCGCCGAGCGGCUGUUCCAGCUGGCUCUAGAGCUUAACGACAAGGGCGUGCACUUCCCCGUGUGGGCCACUUGUCUCGGCUUCGAGUGGCUCGUGCAGCUCACGACGAAAGACAUGGACUCGCUCAAUAAAGGCCUUGACUCGAUGAACAUCACUCUCCCUUUGAACUUCACGGACGCUGCCCCCACCAGUCGACUGUUCAGUCAGACCAGUCCUGAGCUCUACUCAUGGCUCAAGGACAAGCCUAUCACGAUGAACAACCACGAACAGGGGAUCACUCCCGAGAGGUUCAACAAGUACUCGUCCCUCACGGACUUUUACACUGUGCUGGCCACCAACGUGGACAGACAAGGAGUUGAGUUUAUCUCAGCUUUUGAGGCUAAAGAAUACCCGGUCUACGCCGUGCAGUUCCACCCCGAGAAGAACAGCUUCGAGUAUGGAGAAUACCAGGACGGUACCCCGUACGAGGUGAUCGACCACUCGCGCGAAGGCGUCGCAAGCGGACAAUUCUUCGCCAACUUCUUUAUUGAAGAAGCACGCAAGAACGACCUGCGGUUCAAGAACCCCAAAGAGGAACGCAAGGCACUGAUCUACAACUACCAGACGUCCACGAUCACGGACCCGGGCUUCGUCGAGUCAUACAUCUUCAAGCACGAUUUCAAAAUGGACUUUUGGAGCGUGCAGAUGUAAAUGAUUCGAGCUGACUGAGAAACUGUACAUUGCUAGGAGGAGUGGAAGAGAUGAGUGCAUUUGAGGUAUUGCACACCCAUGUACACAGGCAGCUAGCUACAAAGGAAGCUAAAACACCUCAGCCAAGACAAACGGCGUCUUCUUCGCGCUCGAUGACAAUAGUUUGACGCUGAAGUUGCCAGUUUUCAGGUGAACAUCGCCCCCUAUUUUCAUCGAAAUGUGGUGUAUGCCCUCCUCAUGCUUGUCGUUCAGAAUACCACUGAUCUCCACUUUGCAGUCUUCCAGUGCUAGCAACACAGCUUCAGUCGGCAGGUGGCCCAUAAUCUCACUAGUUGCUAGUUUAUCGCUUCCAUUAACUUGCAGGGUGAAGCGGUACACACGGCAUUCCGGUUCGUUCUUGAGCAGUUCAAUCCCUUUGCCUUCGUGCAGUGGCAAAUUUCCAUUUGGGAUUACGUCAGCCUUUUCCUUGAGUAGUUCGAUUUCAAUGAGGAACGCAGGUAACUCGUUGGUGGUUGCCACGUGGAUUAACUUGUCCUUGGUGUGGUCACGACAGAAAACCGCUCCUUUCUUCUGCACUAGCGGUCGAGGUUCCUUGCCGUAUGGCUGUUCCACCGCGUCCAGCGGCGCCAUGACCACAUAAAUCCCGUACUUCAGAUGCUGGUGCCACAGACACGUCGUGAACGGGGG